UAUUCCUCCCGCCACACGGGGGCGACAUAUCAGCCAGCUGCCGCUAUAAAAACCUGCGCAGCUUCACUGUAGCCCGAAACGGCGGCUGUCAAAUCUCCCAGUGUGGCUUGUUGUGAGUUUGUCAGUCGACACUUAGAACUUGUGUCUCUUUUAAGACAACAGUUAUAAGUAACGCUCACACUUUUAUCAUUAGGUCGCGUGUUUUAACAGAAAAACAGCCGGAAGCUGUCGUUCAUCCAGCAUUAAUACGUGUGUAGCUAACAGGAUCUUACCGGCGGCAGUAACCUGCGCUGGGUGAGAGUCUCCUCAGCGGGUGAGAGUCUCCUCUGCGGGUGAGAGUCUCCUCAGCGGGUGAGAGUCUCCUCAGCGGGUGAGAGUCUCCUCUGCGGGUGAGAGUCUCCUCAGCGGCUCCAGCUACUCCUCUGCAGCGUUAGACUCGGAGAAGGAGCAGCUGAUCGUGUCCACCAUGUCCAGACGCAGCCUGCGGCUCGAUGACGGCCUGUUGGAUCGCGGUCUGCCGCACAGCAGCGCCUCCUUCAGUGUGGGAGGACCCAGCUGGAGGAGCAGCAGGUCGAUGAAGUCUCGUCGGUCCCAGCAGCUCUCCGUCUCCUGCUCGGAGUCUCUCCUCCUCAGUACUCCUCGUAAGCUGGCGGCUCCAUCGCUCCUGAACAGCAGCGUGGCGUCCGACGCCUCCCUGCUCUCCUCCCUGCUGGACGACUCCUCCGUCCAGGAGUCCACGAUGGUCGACACCUUCUGGGGUUUGGAUCAUGACGGUGAUGCCAAAGAAAGCACCAUCAUAGCAGAGCACAGCACCAUCCUGGCAGACGGCACUCUGAUUGGUUCAGACUGUCCCAAACACCCGGUGCAGACACUCAGCCAGGUUUACUGUAAAGACUGUGAGCUGCAGUCAGACAGGAAGGAGUCCACACACUGCGCCUCCUCCAAAUACACCUGCGCCUCCUCCGCCGUGACGGGGCCGAGACCAGGACCCUCAGGGACCGGAGACCAGGACACGUCCACCAUCUACUGCAGAGACCGGAGCCGCAAGAACCGCACAGGUGUUCUGGCGUCCAUGUGGGACAGGUCAGCCGCCCACGUGUUUUCUCUGUUCUCUCUGCUUUAUCAUCAGCUGAUGCUGCAGAGACGCCACGAUGUGACAGAUGUGCUGCAGCUGUGGCUGGGCUCCUGCCUGCUGUGUGUCAGGAGAGCUGCAGCCUGCUGUGUGUCUGUGCUGACACACACCUGGCAGGUGUGUUAUGGGCUGGCCUCAAAGUGUGAUAACAGACAUGGAGCUCGAUCCAGUCACUGUGGAGUCAUGACCCUGAGGGAGUCCACCAAGAACCACAAGGAGCUUCAUCCCACCGGAUCUCUGUGUGACGACUGUCAGGAGAAACAACCCUCAGACAUGGAUACUGUCUCCUCCUCCUCCUCCUCCUCUUCGUCUUCAUGGUCCUCAGUGGCUUCCUGUGUGUUGGGGCUGAUGUGGAGCGCUGCUGUUUUCACAGCAUCGUGUCUCUCUCAGCUGACUCUCGCUGCAGCGUCAGCAGUUUGGCCUCUGACCAAGAGAACAUGUUCAACUUGUCGGAGCGUCGGAGGCUCUGCAGGUGCGACAGCAGCUGAUGUGUACAGGUGGCUCAACAGACGAUGGCAUCACAUGACCGCCAGCAUCUUCCUGACUCGGUUUCCUCUCAGACUGCUGCUGGUUCUCGUCCCUCUGCUGCUCCUCUUCAGUCUGUGUUGGUUCUGUUCUGCCGGUCUGCAGUCCGUCCUUCCAGCUGUCUCAGAGUGGAGGGCGGGGGUCCCUGACGUCCCCGCUCUGUCCUCCAUUUACAGCUUCAUGUCCCCCAGGAGCCAAUCAGCAGAGGGCGCUGUGCAGCCCUACGAGGAGCCGCUCUACAGUCGACCUCCACCGGCUGAAACACCAUCAGCAAAAGAGGAAGCGUCUGCUGCAGCGUCUGCGGACGAGGCGACGCGACUCGUUCAUCUGGAGCAGAGUCUGGCGGCGCUGUGGGAUCGGGUGGACGUUGGAGGGCGGCAGGCAGAGCGGAGACACGAGGAGGUGCUCCGGCUGUACGCUGACCUCCAGCAGCAGCAGGUCUCUGGUCAAAGCAGCGGCGAGGAAGUCUGGCUGAGCGAACUGCUGCAGCAACAGCUGGAGCAGCUCCAGGCACGACUGGACGAGGACAGACGGCAGAGGGAACAGACCCGGCAGCAGGAUUUAUCGCAGCAGCAGAGUCAAGCGUCUCGUCUGGAUCAGCUGGAGUUGCAGCUGCAGAGUCUGGCUGCUAAAACUGAGGAGGUUCAGUGGAGACAAGAAGCUGCAGCACCUUCAUCAACACUUCCUGCUGCUGUCAGUGUUGGUGUGGACCGUCAGUCCCAUGAUGCCUUGCUGGCAGUGGUUGCGCGGUUGGAGGCGGCUCUGGAGGAUUUGAGGCGGGAUGUUACGGGUCUUUCCGGGUGUCGAGACGGCUGCAGACAUCUCGACAGAAUCCAGCAGAUGAUUUCUGAUCAGGUGUCCGUUCAGGUCCGUGAGGAGGUUCGGACUCUUGUCUAUGGUAACCAGCUGACCGUGGGGGGCGGAGCCUCUGGAGACCAGGCCGGCCUCCCAGAGUCGCUGCUCCAGUGGCUGUCUCAGCAGUACGUCAGCGGGGCCGACCUGCAGGCGUCGCUUUCCUCUCUAGAGCUCAGAAUCCUGCAGAACAUCAGCCUGCAGCUGGAGCAGCACCGCAGCGAGGAGACGGUCACAGAGGCCGUCCUGCACGCCGCCGAGGCUGCUGGGGCCUCCGUGACCCGCGAGGAUGUGCAUGUGAUCGUGCAGAACGCUCUGCGUCUGUUUUCUCAGGACCGGACUGGCCUGGCCGACUACGCUCUGGAGUCUGGAGGGGGCAGCAUACUGAGCACUCGCUGUUCGGAGACUUACGAGACGAAGGCGGCUCUGCUGAGUCUGUUUGGAGUUCCUCUCUGGUAUUUCUCUCAGUCUCCUCGAGCUGUAAUCCAGCCAGACGUCCAUCCCGGAAGCUGCUGGGCCUUCAGAGGCUCCAAGGGCUUCCUGGUGAUCCGCCUCUCCAUGAGGAUCCUCCCCACUGCCUUCUCCCUGGAGCACAUCCCCAAAGCUCUGGCACCGAGUGGGACUCUGCGCAGCGCCCCCCGAGACUUCAGAGUCUACGGUCUGGAUGAUGAGAGUCAGGAGAGAGGGGAGCUGCUGGGCACUUACACCUACGAUGAGGACGGAGAAGCUCUACAAACCUACCCUGUCACUGAGGAGAGUGACCGAGCCUUCCAGGUCAUCGAGGUACAGGUGUUGUCUAACUGGGGACACCCAGAUUACACCUGCAUGUACCGCUUCAGAGUGCACGGGACACCUGGAGACCUCUGAGGAUGCUGAAGAGACAACAUCAGAUUAUUCAAUGGACAAACAGUGUGGCGAUGACAGACUCUUUGAGAUGUCCCAUCCAGAUAACUGCUUCAGCCACCUGCUGCUACCUGUGCCUGAGACACCAAACACCUUUUUUUGUUUUUAACAUUGAAGCAGUACAGCUGAAGACUGGAAACUAAUGGCAGUUCUGGAUUUUGGGUUGUUUGAAAGAAUACAGACUCAGUGUCACUCCAGUCUUUCCUCAUUUUAGAGUUUCAAUAUUUCCAUCCUACUGGAGCAGGAGCCACUUCUGUCCUUUCGGUCCAAAUGUUAUGUCAGUGAUGUCAUUUCCUGUGGAAAAAUGACACACUGACAGCUUUGAUGUGAUGUGUAAUGUUUCUGUUAAUAGUUAAUAUUUUCAUAUCAGAGUUUUGUUUUUACUGUAAUAAAGUUCAAACGAUCGAAAGUGAAAAUCCAGAGGGACAUUGGGUCAAACUCAAAGGUAAAACAGAUUUGACAACCCAUCAGCUAACGUCAGCAUUCCACCACCUCCUUGCUAAUGUUAUUAUUUUCCCUUGCAGGCCUGAGUUAAUGUUUCUGAGAUGUGUGUAAAUAUCUUGGAAUUAAUUUACGCCACUGUGAUGUGAAAAUGUGUCUGACUGCCCACAUUGAUCAGACUGGACAGCAGCAGUACGACAUCUGAGCUUUGUGUGUGGUGUCUGGAGGAAAUACCCCCCUCCCAUUUUUUUUUAAAAAGCUGUUUGUGUUGAUGAGCUGGAAAUCAUCUACAGUUUUGGUCAUAAUAAAUAUAAAUCUAAAUA